AUGACAAGAAAAAGAAAGCAUGCAGAGAAAAGAAAGGCACAGAAGAAGGGAGAUGGUAGCACAUCUUCAGCCAAAGUGCCUUCGCAGAACCAACCGAAAGGCAAAAAUGCUGGUGAAGAAGGCCCCGCCAGACCCAGAAGCCAUGAGCAGCACAGCACUGACACAACAGAGUCUGAGCCUCUGAGCAAUGAGGUUCAGACUCAAACAAGCUCAAGUAAAGUCAAAAACAAAGGGACUCAGACAGAACCUGUAAGUAAAGCAACACAGGAGACACAAACAGAGUUCAAUGGCAACACAGAAACCACACAACUGUUACAACAAACAGAAAACAGUCCUGAAGAGGAAAAGAGGGAGGUGGAAACUGCAUUGCCAAGAAAUAGAGAAAAUGAAAGUGAUGGUGAAAAGGAGGAAUGUACAGAGAAGAAGAAAAGAAAAUGGAGUAAAUCUAGGGAAUUUACAAAGGAGACAAAAGAGGUGAGGACCAAAUUGUCAGAUGGUGAUGGACAACAAGAUAGAGAUAAGCAGACAAAGCACAAACAUUCACCAGGAGAUUCACAGAAAGCCACUGAUCUUAAGUCAGGAGCUGAAGGACCAAAAUCAUAUGCAGCUGCAGCAGCAGGGAGUCAGAAUAAAGACUCUAAGGAACAGAGGAAUCAAACAGCAGCAAAGCAAGAAAGCCCAGUGGAAAGUAGAGAAACUCAAAGAAAACCUUCCCCAGUGAGAGGUCCAGCUAAACAGCAAAUGUUCACUUUCUACAUAUAUGCAGUUCUGGACAAAAGAUUCAGAUUUAACAAACAGUACAACUCCCUUUUGCUGCUUCAUGAAAAUGGGUUCAUUGAACUAAAAACUACAUGUUUUAUAGCUCAAGAUGUUGAUUUGAUUGAAGCAACAUUUUCAGUGGAGGAAAGCAAUAUAAGGGGUUGUACAUUACAAUAUAUGUAUGCAGUGAAGCAACGAAAUGAGCAGAUUGAUGAAAUAGCAGUGAGAUAUGUUCAGAUCCCUACUGACAAAACCGUUAAAGAACUGCACCUUUAUGAAGGCUAUAUUAGUUCAAGCUCAAGAUCUUUUCAAGAAAAGUUGACAGACUUUUGGCUUCAGACAAGACAAAAAGAAAUUUGCAAAGGCUGGGAGACCUCUGCCAAUGUACUACUGGACAGACUGUUUCUGAAAUGGGACCAAACCAACAAUGAGGCCAAGAAGAGAUUUAUAGAACACCUAAACCAUUACAAAACAUGUUUUCUAGCGCAGCGGUUGCAUUUCCCAGUAUACUGGAAUAUUGCCCCUUUUCAGUUAAAUGUGUCAGAGCUGAUUUCUGCAAGACUAAUUAACAUUUUGAAUGGAGAGUUAGAAAGGAAAACUUCACAGAGCUCUUCUGGCAUCAAAUCUCUGGAUCUGGCACUUUCAGUGUUCCAGGUGUACUGUGGCUGUAACCUGGUUCUCGAUGUAAAGGCCGGGGCCAAGCUAUGCCGGGUUGCCUCAGAACGUUCUGCUCUUGAAGAAAUAUCAACAUGUGAACCUAUAAUCAAAAACACUGUGUUGGGUUUGAUGAACCUAUGUGCAAAGAAUUUGAUUUCGGAAGUGGUGCUGCUGGUUCCUCUAUUUCAUGCAUUAAGGAAUCCAAUGGCAAAGUCAGAUAGUCUGUGCUCAUCUAUGGGUGAACAGGAAUGGGCAGGACUUGAAAAUGUGAGGUAUUCAUCGUUUAGAGAGCGUAUUAGAGGACACCCUGACAAGAGGAGGAUAAUGCUUCAGCUGAUCCAAGAUCAAUUAUCAUUGACGAAACUUAAGCCUACCUUGUUGACCAGCUGGCUUUCCAUGAUGGCUUUUGAGGACAUCCCAAGGUUUGCCGAAUUGUCAGGAACUGUUCCUGAAUACCUGAUCCAGAGCCUGAUGUAUAGAUUGAAGGAGAAAGAACAAGUUACCGAUCUUUUCCACACAAAGAACAACCUGGUGAUAACUGAAAAGACCCUGAACUUUUUGUUGAAGAGGGUUGAUGAGGAAAGUGGAAGAAUCACAGAGUCUAAGUCGUUGGACUUAAUUCUUGAGUGUUGCAGAAAUGUUCACAAGAGCACUUGCAAGAUUGUCCGACUUGUCCCACAAUACAGAGUCACAGUGCUGUCAUUCCAGCUUCUGCUUAAAAUGAUUGAAAUCCAGCAUGCUUUGCUUUCAAAGGGUGGAGAGGAAAUAGAACAACAGCAAACUCAGCUUUUGUCCAAGCUUAAUGACAUGCAAAAGGAUUUGAGUAAAUGGAGAAAUAGUCUGCUUUGCCUACCUCUGAUGCAGAAGUCUGUGCUGUCUUUCCCUGCAGAAAUAAAGUUGUGGAAUGAUUUUUACCAAAUUGAGAGCUCAAUACCAGGCUUUUCUGUGGCCUGGAAGGCUUUAUUAGACCAAGAUCUGAGACAUAGAGUGGCCCAGAUCACUGAUUCUGAGAAGAUCGUGGUGUGCUGUCUGGAGACGACAGCAAAGGCUAUUUCAAGUAGUCAUGCAAACAUUCAGUCUUGUUUCUAUGAGAUGUGCCAGGAUGCUAUUAUGAACAAAUGUCAGGCAAAGAAGGAAGGAGACCUUUUACGUUUACUCAAGCCCAUUCCACCUCCUGUAUUGUCCUCCAUUAUUGUGGGGUCAGCAACUCGCUUUGGAGAGGAUUUUGAAGGUCGACUGCUAGACCCUCAAUCAGCAAUCAACUUCCUCUUGUCUCAAGACAAAUGGAAUCAAUGGGAGGUGAAUGAUGAUGCUAGUCAUUUAAUAGCAGAAAAUCAGUCAUACUUGGGUUCUCUGAUUCAGAAUCUUUGCCAGGGAAGUUUACCCCUGGGCCACCUUAAGACCAUCUUUAAAGAUAAGAGUCGAUUUGAGAAGCUGUACAACCAGUAUAAGAAGAACAACAAAGAGAAUAUCUCCAUCAAUGUUGCAGAGUUACUCAGCCAAAGAGAAAAUGACUUGAAAGUCUUUGAAGAACAUAGGAAGUACAUGACCAAUCUCAUUAACAUGCUGGGAAAGAUUUCCAAUGUUAUAUAUGUACCUGAGGUUUCUUCCCUGGAACAAAUUUUCAAAACCGAUCUGCAGGCAAUAGCACUGGAAAAAUUGGUUGAAGUGCAAACAUAUUUCACCAAAGAGGAUCUCAACAAAACAAGCACAAGGCGGGUGUUAUGUUACAGUGCUAAUCAGCUGGUGCACGACAUGGCAAGGGAGAUGCAUGAAGUGAAUGCAAGUAACCUUCUUUUAUAUUCAUGGAUAGAAAAGGCAAAAGAUCUUGAACAUAUGAUGCCUGGUCCUCCACCAUUUUCACUAGACUUUACAGAGGUCCAUGACAGAAUCUGGAGGCCUUGUCUCUCUGAAUUUAUCAACCUUGGUCAACGGAUUGCCAGUGGAGUAGCUUGUUUUGAAGAGGUAGACCAGGCUUUGGCUUGGUGUGAAGACCAAGGUGAAGGAAAUCGGAUAAAGAAAGAGCUUACUUUAAUGGCCACUAUGUUAAAAAGCAAUCAGUGUUUGGACGAGAACUGGCCAGAGUAUCGCCUCAAUCAGAUUCAAGAAUAUAGACGCCUUCACCAUGCUGCUAAAUCUGCUGAGGUCAUAUUGAAAAUAAAAGAUAGGUUGGGAUUGCAAGGAGACUUCAGCCAUAUACAUAACCUGACUCAAGUGAGAGAUGAAUCAUUCAAACAAAACACUCUGGGAUCACUGAGUGAUGAUCUCAUCAAUGCCAGGCAAAAUCUGGCAGAUAUCAAACGCCAGCACACAGCCUGUUUGGAAGCAUUUUUGGACAGUGAUAUUCUCAUCAAAUGGGUUCAAACCCAAAUUCCAAGUUUAAAGGACCUGAAAGUCUUCAUGGAACUAACAACAAUUUCUGCUGGAGAAAAUGAUGCCGACAUUGAUAGGCUGGCCAGUUUUGAAUCCGCUGUUGUGGGCUACAGCCCUUUGAUUUACUCACUACUGAACAGUGCUGGAUUUGAAGAGUUUAUUGGCUGUGCAAAACAAGUAUGGGUCACCGUUGACAAAGAUGAGAUACUCAUGGAUAAAUUGAGGGACUCGAGUCGAUGGCUGGACUGGCUAAAAGGUUUAAGAGAAACCCAUGGAUCUGUUGAGCAGUCCUCUCUUUCCCUGGCCUCAGCAAUCAACGAUGGAGGUGUAUAUCAUGUAGGCUGGCCAGUGGAUUGCACUGGUAAAAUAGGUUUGGACAAUGUCUUUUGUGUGAAGGUGAUGAAGGACAAACAAGAAAAGACAUACAGUCUUAAUGAACUCUUAGAGCUGCAGAAUAAGCUCAUGCUGAUGUCAUCUAAAGGGGAGCAUGGAAGGGAGCAAGUUAACAGGUUCACUCAAGUUUUUGAAGGAGUCCAGAGGGUGGGUCAGAUCCUCCUGCAGUUGCGCACAGCAGGUAAUAUGCUCUUCCGAGACUGGGAAGCAGAGAUAACGUGCAGCCCUGAAGAGCAACCCUGCAUUCUUGUUAGCUUUUCCCUGUUAAGGAAGUAUGUUGUGUAUAAGGGUGAAGUUGUAGAGGAGCUUCAAAAGAUGUGUCGCUCCCUAGAGGACUUCCAUAAAGACUGGUGUACCUUCUUGUCUAAGAUGCGCUCACAGUAUUAUGCACUGAACUAUUACACUUCUGAGCAAAUGGUGUAUCUUUGCGAAUGGCUCAACAGUGUCAGUGUCAAAAGAAAACCUGUGCCACAACAAAUGUGGCAUCUUUUGGCCCUUGUUAAACCAGACUGCACCUUAAUUGACAUCAUGGAGUCCUUUGAAAAUUCAACCGAGACAAUUGAAGAUAUGGUUGAAGGUGAUGUGGCAGAGGAAUUCGAACAGAACAGUGAUAUUGACAUGGCUAUGGGCUUCAGUUUACCAGAUGUUGGCACAGAAUGUUUGGAGGACCUCUGGAUGCAAUUUAAAGAGAAAAUGUCCAGAUUCCUCACCCACCAUGUGGAUGUUGAAACACUUGCUCGGUUCCUCUCCAGUCUGUCUGCGAUGAAUCAAACGUACGUCAAACGCAAGAUUCCUGCUAUUCUACAAGAGGGAAGGCCAAACCUCAUCCAGUGUCCUGUAUCGGAACUGAUUAUCGCUACACUGACAUUAUACACAGAGAGCCCAGAGCAUCCUCUUCCUACAAUUGAUGAGGUAUUGAUGUGCCAAGAGGAGACAACUGAAGAAGAGGUGGAGAUCUUCCUUCAUAGAUGUCUAGGAUUCCAGGGUACUGCAAGCAAUCAUCAGAAGAUUUAUACACUGGUCAAUCCAGGAUCAUUGAACUAUGAUGUGAGUGUGGCCCUGGUGGAAUGCUUUGAGACACUAGAAAAGAGUGCUGGCCCUCAUUACUGUCUAGUGAUGGUCUGUCCUGUAAACCAGGAUAGAUAUGCUCCUUCCUUCUUCAGCAACUAUAAGGUGCAGACAGGUCUGUGUAUAUCUGCAGAAAGAUGCAAUGACUACCUUCGUCAUCAUUUCCAUAUCCCAUCUGAGCUUGACAACCACUCACAUGUCUAUCCAAGCAAACUCUCAGUCUGGAUGAUUUCAUCUGAACGUCCAGCCGUGGGGAAGUCACUGUAUGUCAAGCGUCUUUUUGAGCAGUUCAAAAGUGAGUUUCCAACAGCAACCUGUCUAAGAAUCAGACUCAUAGAGCCCUGUGUCGACGUGGAUGGAUUUGUCCAAACUCUGUCCCAAAGACUGACUCCACUGAGAGAACAGGACCCUGUGCUGUUGCACAUUGAUACUGCAGCAGUACGUUGUGGUUUGGAGGAUUUCCUCUUCAAAUUGCUUGUUCUAGGAUGUCUUAGUGACAGGAUGGGAAAUAUAUGGAGGAGAAAUGCAGCUCACUUGGUGGCAGUUGAAUCUCUUCAACGGGGUCCCAGUCUCAACAGUAAGACCAAAAUUGAGGCACACCAUGGGCUUAUGCAUGCACUACCUACUAUCUUCUGCAGACCCCCUAAUGAAGUCAAAGCUUGGGAGAUCAAGAGAAAAAGAGAGGAGUAUUCAUCCUUAGAUCCCCUGAUGGAUAUGGGAGAGUUUAAGAGUGAAGACAUUCAGAGACCUUACCAAUACUUGCAGAGAUUCAACAGGAAUUUUAACUUGGAUCAUUUCAAAUAUCAAGCUCAAUCAGUUGAAGGUGAUCCAGUUGACUGUCUCCAUCAUCUUUUGUCAAACUGUGGCUUAAAGGACCCAUCAUGGGCAGAAUUGAAGCACUUUACUUGCUUUCUUAACCUUCAGCUGAAAGACUGUGAGGAUUCCAUGUUUUGUGAUCCAGACUUCCUUGUUGACAAUUUAAGUGGCUUCAAAGACUUCCUUGUAAAAUUCAUGAUUCAUAUGGCUCGAGACUUUGCAUCUCCUUCCGUUGACAUCUCUGACCAAAGCCCCUCCUUAUUCUCUGAGAAUGAAGAUGAGGCAGAUAUCCUAGCUAAACUAACUAUUCGGAAGCGAUGGGAAAAUGAAUCUCACCCAUACAUCUUUUUCAAUGCAGACCAUUUGACAAUGUCUUUCUUAGGAUUUCAUGUGAAGAAAUGUGGAAGUAUUCUCAAUGCAGUUGAUCCACGAAGUGGAAAAGUUUUAAUGGGAAAUGUGAUGUCACAAGAGCUCUAUUCAGGCAUUGAACGUCAAAGAAUUGACCUUUCUGAGGACUUUGACAAACUAGAGAGAGAAGACAAAAUACAAAGAAUUUCCUUUGUUGUUGGAGCUCAAAAAGGCUGGAAAAAGGGGCAGUUUGAUCCAGACCGUACGUAUGAACUCACUGCCGACAAUGUCAUGAAGAUGUUGGCAAUUCAUAUGCGAUUCAGAUGUGAGAUUCCAGUGAUCAUCAUCGGAGAAACUGGCUGUGGGAAGACACGGCUUGUGCGCUUUCUCUGUGAUCUGCAACGUGAAGGUAGAGAUGUUGAAAACAUGAAACUAGUCAAAGUUCAUGGAGGUACUACUUCUGAGACUAUCUAUACAAAGGUGAGAGAGGCAGAAAAACUUGCUCUGGACAAUCGGCAAAAAUAUGAACUUGACACAGUUCUGUUUUUUGAUGAAGCCAACACAUCUGAAGCAAUCUUUGCAAUCAAGGAGAUUCUAUGUGACAAAACUGUACAGGGUUACCCUUUGAAGGAAAAUUCUGGUCUGAAAAUAAUUGCUGCCUGCAAUCCCUACCGAAGACACAGCUCUGAAAUGGUUGAUCGCUUGGAGCGAGCUGGGCUUGGAUACAGAGUUAAAGCUGAGGAAACUGAGGAUCUCCUUGGUAAAGUUCCCAUGAGACAGCUUGUGUAUCGUGUGCACCCUUUACCCCCAAGCAUGGUGCCUCUCGUAUGGGAUUUUGGACAGUUAAGUGAUUCAACUGAACUGUCUUAUAUUCGACAGAUUGUGCAAAAACAGGUUAGAGAUCAUGGAUUGCCCCUUACAUGUCAGAAAGUGAUCACAGAAGUUCUGGCUGCCUCUCAAAGAUACAUGCGAAGCCAAAAAGUUGAAUGCAGCUUUGUAAGUCUUAGGGAUGUGGAGAGAUCAAUGUCUGUCCUGGUCUGGUUCUACAACCACAGAGAUCAUCUUUUUCCAAAUAGAUGCGUGAUCGAAAUGGAACAGAUGGCCUUAAAAUGCUUGGUGCUUGCCGUGGGUGUUUGCUAUUAUCCGUCACUUGAAAACAAAGGUCCAUACCUCUCCGCUGUAAGUACAUGCUUUCCUCAUUCAUUCAACACUAAAGAAUCACUGGAGCAGGAAAUAUCUUCUUGCCAAGACUUUUUUCUUGAGAACAUUAUAACAAGAGAAACAAUUGCGAAAAAUCUGGCUUUAAAAGAGAAUGUUUUCCUCAUGGUGGUCUGUAUCGAGUUGAGAAUUCCCCUCUUUCUGGUUGGCAAGCCAGGGAGUUCAAAAUCUCUUGCUAAGACUGUUGUAGCAGAUGCCAUGCAGCGUCAGGCCUCUCACUGUGAUUUAUUCAGGAAACUCAAAGAGGUUCACAUGGUGUCUUUCCAAUGCAGCCCUCACUCAAGUCCUGAAGGCAUCAUUGGAACCUUUCGGAACUGUGCACGUUUCCAAAAGGAUAAGAACUUUGAUGAGUAUGUUUCGGUAGUUGUGCUUGAUGAAAUAGGACUUGCAGAGGACUCUCCUCAGAUGCCACUGAAGACAUUGCAUCCUCUUCUAGAGGAUGGAUGCAUAGACAGUGAGAUGCCACAGCCACACAUGAAGGUUGGAUUCAUUGGAAUCUCAAACUGGGCUCUUGACCCAGCAAAAAUGAACAGAGGCAUUUUUGUGUCCCGUUGGGACCCAAGUGAGAAAGACUUAGUAGAGACAGCUGAAGGAAUCUGCUCAUCCUCCAGAGCUGUUCUUCUCAAAAUCAAGCACCUCCUGCCAAAAUUGGCUAAGGGCUUCCUAAACAUCUGUAAAAGUGACAGUGAACAGUUCUUUGGACUCCGAGAUUAUUAUAGCUUGGUAAAAAUGAUUUUUGCAACAGUCAAAAGAUCUGGUUCAGAUCAAGAACCAUGUGACCGUGAGUUGGCAGAAGCCGUGUUGAGAAACUUCAGUGGACAAAGGGAUGGUUUUGAUCCACUUGAUAACUUCAGCGACCUCUUCCAAAAUGUUCAAGAAGUUCAAAUUCCAAGUACAUUGAAAAUGAUUGAACAAAACAUAGACCGCCACAAUGACGAAGAGUGCCGCUACCUUCUUUUGCUCACAACUAACAAUGCUGCCUUAUAUAUAAUCCAACACCAUAUUUUCUCAAAGCAGAAAUACACAUGCCCUGAAAUUGUGUUUGGUUCAGGAUUUCCAAAAGACCAGGAAUAUGCCCAGAUAUGUCGCAAUGUUAGUCGAAUAAAGGCAUGCAUGGAAACCGGCCGAACUGUCAUCCUAUUGAAUCUCCUCAAUCUGUAUGAGAGCCUGUAUGAUGCUUUGAAUCAAUAUUAUGUCUACUUCAGUGGACAUCAGUAUGUCGACUUGGGGCUUGGUUCACACAGAGUAAAGUGUCGAGUUCACAGAGACUUCAGACUGGUUGUGGUGGAGGACCAGGAAAAAGUCUACAAAAGGUUCCCUGUUCCUCUAAAAAACAGGCUUGAGAAACACAAAGUUGAUAGGAGUACAGAUUUGGCUCCUUGGCAGCACGGAGUUUUGGAAAAACUCAAAAAAUGGACGCAAGAGUUCUCAAGACUUCAGCAAUCUGAAUCUACUGGAGCAAAUUUUAGCACAUCAGAUGCCUUUGUUGGCUUUCAUGGUGAUGCUUGUGCCAGUGCACUCCUUCAGGCUUUAGAGAAAAUUCGAAAACAGGGCCAUAAUAAAGCUAGGAAUAGAGAGGAAAGUGAAGCUUGUCACUCAGUAAUUGGUAAAGAUGAAGAUUUGACUGGUACCGAGUCACAUAAGGAAAUGGGAAAAUUCUCUGAAGUGGUGGAAGGAGACUGUGCUUCAAUGGAGGUAGACAGCAAGGUAGACUAUACAGAAGUUGAAAACACUGGCACUCUUGGAGAUGGUUCUGAGCUUGUGAAAAUGGAUGAAAAUCCUCAUGACCAAGGGACAGGAGAGCACAUGGAGUACAUUGAAACCAUGGAUGAGGAAGAGGAAGCCUUUGAAACUGCCAAAAGCUUUCUCUUGAACUGUGCCACACCAGACUCUAUACUGAGGUUGAAGUAUUCAGAAUUUGGAAAUCAAGAAAAAGACAAACUUCAGAAAACAUAUUUUCAUCAGCAAAGCCAUAAAUCUCUCAGAGACCUGAUAGACAGCCAUUUGAACAAGACCGAUCAUUACAAGAGCAGAUUCUUAGAGAUAACAACAUUCUCCAGUCUUCUCACUGGAGCUGAUGUGAGAAGGCUUGCCCCAGCCUUGGGUUUGUCCACUGAAAGGCUUCUUCUGCUCUCUUUACACCAAUUUGACACGGAAGCCUCUUUUUGCAGCAAAAUACGAUCCUUCCUGAGAGAUUCUGGGCUCUCUCUACAUAUUCUCCUGGUUCAGAUGGACAUGGAAGAGUCCAUGUGCAAAAAUGAACUUAUUGCUUCAGCAAAAUACUGUACCAUGAAUGAAAUGUUGUCCCUUAAGUCAGAUGAGUACAACUUAUAUACUGUGUUCAUCACAAAGCUUUCCAGAAUUGGGGAGCAUUGUACAACAAGUGGCAACAAGUACACUGGCUUUCAAGGAGGAGUUUGGCUGUCUGCACAUAUUGAUGACCUCAGAGAUUCCGAUGACUUGAGCUUAGAUCUACAGGCUAUUUGUGCAAUACCCAUAAGUAAACUCAUCUCACAGACUGUGAAAUCAGAUGUCAAAGAUUUUGAAGAAAUGGAUAUGGAAAGACCAGAAAGUCAGAAGGGAGAUUCAGCAUGUCUACACAGUUUGUCCCUCAUUAGAUCUUGCACCCAGAAAGCUGUGUCAUUGCUGAGAGACACGGGUAAAAAAAACUCCAGGAGUAUGGAGCGCAUGAACAUACUGUUUGGCCUUCUGGGAGAUGACCCUGGGAAAACAGGAGUACGGUUCCAAAAUGUGUUGCAAAUGAGGCUAGUGAUUGCAAUGAUACGAAGGGAGGAGCUGAUUCCUAAUGCAAAAGACUGGGCUUAUAAACAGGCAAAGAACCGUGAAGCCUUACAAGAAGGCGGAACACUUCGGCACACUUUGUGGCGUAGUCUACAAGGUGUUUUGAGCCCAGUGCUAGCCAGAGUGUUAGAGGUGUUGGACAGAGACCAUAAUUUGUACCUAUUGUAUGGGGAAGGGCUGAGCGAGGGUCUGGUCCAGUUCUGGCUGGAUAUCUUUGAAGAUCGACAACUCCUUGAUCUAACCCUCUCACAAAAUGCAAGUGCUCCAGAGCAGGAGAUUAACAUGCAGUGUAACCUGUUUAUUGGAGAAGAGGAACGCCCUUGUGCUGCUCCUUUUAGCUGGCUGAUAAAACAAAUCUGCCAAGGUUUGUGGGAGGAAUCAGAGUUUAUACGAGGCACUGAGCAAGGCAACAAAGUGAGGAUUCAACAGUUUGUUAGUGCUGUUUCAAGCAGUGGACUGGGCAACUAUAUCAGAAAACUUUCAGAGGGAGAGAGACUUGAGUUGGGUCAGUGCUAUCUUACUGACUAUGUACUUCUGUCAUUCAAAAUCCAGUCUGAGGAAGAGCUAAGGGUCUUCUCUAGUGCAGUGUGGGGUUGUGUGUAUGCUCUGCAGAAAGAUAUGUCCAUUAUCCCUGAGCUUUCCCCAUCAUGGAUCCUUGCAGCAGCCCAAAUCUAUGCACCACGCUUGGACACAUUAUCACAUGUCUUUCAGCUCAAUCCCCAGCUGGUACACACCGUCCAGCAGGCGAGACAAAAGAAAGAAGCUCCUGAUAUGUGUGAGGACAUUCUAGCGGUUGGUAUCUGUGUUGAGGAAACAAAGCUCCUACCUGUAACAUCUAAAUCUGAGUGCCGGACCUUCUUGAAUAGAGUUGAGCAGCUGCAGCCAUGUUUAGAGAGAGUGUUCAGUCCAAGCUAUUGUGCCCUUUGCAGCCCUGGUUGUCUGAGCCAGCUGGACACUAUAAAGUCAGUGUGGCAUGGGAUGCUGCUAGUGGCUGCCUUCAUUGAGCAGGUGAUAGUUAAGAUGAAAGUAGCAGAUGAGAGGAUAGAAACACUGACUCUGAAACACUGCAGCCAGUUACAUGGGCUGAUGGAAGGGUAUCCUGAUUUGAGAAGCAAAGGCAAUCUUCAGCAAAUCAUCCGCAUACUCAAUGGUUUUCAUGAGGAGUCCAUCAGCAGAGAACUACGGUUUGGUGUGAAGUGUUCAGUGUGCCUAUCAGAGCUGUCAAAUCCCACUGCUCUUCCCUGUGAUCAUGUGUUCUGUCUGACCUGUUUGAAGAGAUCCAUAGAGAGAGAAGGAUCUGAGUACUGUCCCGUGUGCAGAGCAUCUCUGCCCAACAACUACCAGCCCACUGUCUCCAGAAACUUGAAUGUUUGAUUCUGUGUCUUUUACAGUUUAGCCCUGAUACAGCAUAAUGAGAUAAGGAAAUGUUGUAACAGCUUUUUCCUGGAGGUGGUCUCUCGCUUUUGUCUGACUGAUGAACAAGACCCCCCAGAGGACCUGGUUGAACUGCUUUUCUCUCUGCUCAUCUCAGCACAAGGAGAUGUUUAUAAGACCAGAGAUCUCACACCUUUCCUGGAGUGUGUUGACCAAAGCCCUGUAGUGCGCUCUGUGCUGCCCAAACUCCUUCUGCAAUACAGCUUCAAACAGGCAAAGAAGCAUAUUCAAAGCUACUUAGAAAACUUGGAGAGCAAGCUUCUGCAACCGGAGGACAGAACUGAACUCUAUCGGCUCUUUGUCAACUGUUUCCAGGAUUCUUUGCUCUGUUCUGGAUUAAAUGGAGCUGUUGAUGUGGAAGAGAAUCAUAGAUGUCUGCAGGAGAAUGUGAACUUCCUCAGCCGAAUGGCUCGUAAACAGACAACUUCCAGACAGCAUGACCCAGCUGAGUUUCUGCUGUCUAUGGCUCGUCUCAGAAUGUGUCUGGACUCAGCUGCCCAUAUCCUGCACAAAGCUGUUGACCAAAAAAAUGGUAAUUGUGAUAUUGUGGAGCUAAAGCUUUUGGAUCAGGUAAAGGCUGUGUGUGAGUACUGUGACCAUGACUGGUACAGAGUUUAUCUGCUCCGAGCGCUCAACAGGCAUGCUGGGAUGGACUGUCUACAAGUGCUGAUCAACAGUGCUGAUUAUGAAUGGAUCUUCCCUGCUGAGAUACUACGCCUUCAAAGGUUGAUUCCUGCAGAGGUGGAUCGGUUUUUGUGUUGUGGUCAGUCAUACCGGAUUCUUAGAGAUGGAGUCGGACAAGCACUGCAGGAAGGCAGGACAGAUGGGCUGAAAGAUGCCCUACAGGCAAUGGGCGGUUCAGGCUCUUUGAAAAGCGUCUUGCUGACUCUAGCUGUGUUCAGACAGGUCACCUGUCGUCUCAUGUCAUCUGAAAGAGCAAUAAAUCCUCAAGCACAGGAGAUAAACUUGUUGAAGGACUUUAUUAGAGGGAAUGUAUCAGGACAUGUCAGAGAGCUCUGCACCGCUCUCUUAGCCAAUCAGAUUGGAGGACCAGGAUCUCACCUGAGUCUCAAAGCAGGUGUACCUUCUCAACGUCGCCCUCUUCUGGAGCUCCUGUUACAUGCCAGUGUAGUGUUUCACAGUGGCAACAGACUGCUCAGUCCACUCCAGUCGAUUUCCUCUCAACCUCAGAACAUGACAGGAGCCUUUUUACCCACUAUGCCAGACGACCACACCAGUGAGGUCCAGAAGUGGCUCAAAGAGAAAACACUAAAGAUGUAUUAUUGUGCUAAUGGUCAUGCAUGCUUUGUGGGAGAGUGUGGUAAACCAGUGGCUUUGUCAAAUUGUGCCACAUGUGGAGUGUGUAUAGGAGGCCACAACCAUAACCCAGUGGCAGGAUUUACUGCAGUCCAUGAAAUCACAGACCAGACAAAACCAGGACAUAUAUUGGGGGAAGCUGAUAACCGGUCUGAAGCCCCACACAGGAACCUGUCUUUAGCACAGUCUUGUGUCCUCCGCCUAUGUCUUCACCUGGCCAUGUUGCAAGGGGCCAUAAACCACCAGCAGGGCAUCAGAUCUAUGAUCCACCCAACUGUUAAGGAUGUCUAUGAGUUCCUCUGGCAACAUCUUGAAAAGGACAUGAAGGUUCUUGGGAAGACUUUAAAUCUUAAUAUGGAUGACACUGCCAUCAUAGUGCAUCUAAUUCUCAACCUGGUUUUACAAACAACCACAGGUGGUGUCCAGGAUCUGUCAUCACGCAGGUCCAGAGAGCAGUGGGAGAGUACAGUCUGUAAUUCAGCCAUCAGUCCUGUUUUACAGGAUUUGAACAGGAAAUUAGGUAGUGCACAGGAUCUGAUUGCAGCUGAUAACAGACUCUCUGACAGCCCCUUGAUGAUGGUGCUCAGGGGAGACCCUAAAACAAUCCUUCAUCUCCCCACUAACUGCCCCACCAUGCACUCUGCUUUCUGGAGCCCUUCACCUGUGCUAACGGUGGAAAGUUUCUCCCAGCAAAUAGAUCACAGUCAAACACCACUGCUAAGCCUUUUUCUCAAUAAGGUGCACUGCAUAAGACAGCUGGUCCAUUUGCCUGCUCUUGCUGCCCUGUUGUCUGAUCUAGUGAAAGUAGUGCCUCCAGUCUCUGAAACCCAGACUCAAACCAUCACAACAUUGCUUCAUAGUAUUCCUGCUGGUCAUCAGAAGAAAAUACUGUCAGAAAGAGUUAAGAUCUUCAUGAAGGUGUGGAACCACCUCAGAAUUGAAAUAGUUAAUAAUGCUUCAGUGGGUAUAGAUCGUGCAGUAUGUGAAAAACCAAUCACUAAGGACAGUUCUGGGCAGUUUCUCUCCCUCAGUCAUCGUGGACCAGGCUCAUGUCUCCACGCGAUCAUAGAUCUCCUAUCUGCAACUCACAACAGUCUUGUUCUUGAGGCCAGGAAACUCUGUCAUCAGGAAGACAGUGACUAUAGAGUACCAUUGGUGGCACUGUCUGAGAGUCAACUAGCCUUGUGUCACCCAGAAAGGGAGCUGCUCCCUCUGGUGUUAGCUAACUGCCAUUACACACUAGAAAAGGGCACGCAAACAGUGAGUUCCUGUGAUCAUCAGGCUGUUGAGAAAGAGCUCAGUAGACGAUUUUUUGCAGGAAAACCACGCAUUCAAACAGACACUGAUAAGUAUCUGAGAAGACACCAUCAGAAUUUUUCAGAAGUCCUUAAUGAAGUUAGAGUCAAAAUCCCUCAGCAAUCACUAAAGGGCUCUGUGCUGAGCUCCAUGAGGUCCACGCUGCGCUCGUUCACUGAUGUGUGUGAUGCAGUUUAUGCUGUGGAGAUUGGGCUUCGUUUUCUGGGUAAAACCGGAGGAGACCCACAGGUUCUGCUGCUAUCCUAUCUUCUGGACUCACUAAAAAUGGACCAACACAUCUCAAGCAGCAUAACUGAAGCUUUGAAGGAGAACCGGCUGAGUCAGUGCACAGCCACAUGGCAGCUCCUUACCUGCUGGAAGAGUGAACAGAUGAUGAGGAGAGGACAGGAUCCAUUCCAGCGGCUGUCUAAAGAGUUUAGAGACAAACUAACUUCAGAGGAGAGAAAGGAGGUGAAGGUUUUCCUUGGAGUCACAGAUAUUGAUAUUCUCUCUCUGGAACUGCAUGAGAUCCUUCUACUCAAGACCAACAGCACUGUGGAAGAUGGCUUCGCUCCACACUGGGACAUCAAGUCCACCAUGGAACUCCAUUUGGAGGAAAAGGACAUCACAUCUUUUCCUGGUCUAGACAUUCUUCCAGAGGAAAUUACCCUGGCUAAAGCAGCUGAAAUCUGGAAACUUGCAGUGGAAUUCAAACAAUAAAAUGUUCCUCUGUUUGAGCCAAACCAAUAAAACUUUUAAGGGAUUUGUAGGGACCAAGAAUUAAUUGAACAAAUAUUGUUAUAGCACCUUGCCUCUUUGUUUGUUUUUUAAGGGCCUUGCUCAAGGGCCCAACAGUGGUAUAUUGGCAGUGUUGGGGCUUGAACCCCCAACCUUUCUGUCAGUAACCCAGAGCCUUAACCACUGAGCCACACUUUAAAUGUUAUAAAUUAUAUAUACUGUUUUUUUUCUUUUUCUCUUUUCAGAUAAUUAAAAUGCAUUACAUUCUUGUGGCAGAAAAGUUAAUCAUAAGGCAAAACAAUAAACGGCUUUAGAAUACAAUGUUUUGUUUACUACCAUAUUAUUGAUCAUAAGCCAAUCAUUGGCAUACAGUUCACAGCAAUCCAUUUCACAAGUGAAUUUGUCAAUCAGUUCGAGAUUUAUUAUGAGGGCUUGUUUAAGGACCCGUCAAUUUACACCUGCAUCAGACUUGUUGGGUGAAUUGCGUCAUAAACAUAAAAGGUUUAGGUCACUGUGUCAAGUUAAAUAUAGUUUAAUACUUAGAACACAUCUUGAGAUCACUUAGUUAGAAUUUGAGCUCCAUCAAGUGUUUUGAAUGCAAGAACAUAAUGCAUGUUUGUGUUGUGCUGCCUACUGAAGUGUUGUUUUGGUCUCUGUAUAAACUGGGCAUUGCCCCAAGUUUCACUUACUGCCCUCUGGAGUAAACUACUACAAGCUUGCAUUUCUCAGGAUUUCUCCUUAUUACGGUCCGGGGGCAUUGUGAUUAAUUGCGUACAUUUUUUGCAUUAAAUCGACAGCCCUAAUGUAUUUAUUGUAUAUAUAAUAAUUACACAUAUUAACAACUGCAUCUCUAUCUCCACUGCCUCUCACCGAGAGCCCACCAAAAAUGCCAGAUAUCUGCCCCAUUUCCCAACAAACGAGUCCAAUUUCCCCAGUUUUCUAGAUGACCCUUCUUCAAACCACCCUUCCCAUCUCAAAGCACUACUGCUGAAAUGGGGGCGCUCCAGCCGACCUCAUCCCCUUAAUAACUAUCUGUCUGGCGAUCAUGACACUGGUUAGGACCCAAAUCUUUAUGUGUCUAUUAUCUACAUCGAUG